CAGCCCCUUGUAGCGGUCGGUCGCUCCUGCUGCUGCUGCUGGUUUGCGCUCUAACAGCAGGAUUUUUUUUUUCUUGAAGGGGAGUGGAAAUUCACGCUGUUACUUUCACGACUCGCCUCGUAUUCCUGACAUUUUUCUGCCGCGGCGGUCAGUCAGUCAGUCAGUCAGUCAGUCGCGCCGAUCGGAGAGAGAGAGAGAGAGAGAGAAGUGAAAUCAGGAGUGAAGAGCUGGAGGAGGCGAUGUUCCUCUCGGUUGGUUUUCUCUGAACGCCGGUUCGCUCCUUUUUCAAUUUUUUUCUUUCCCACUCUGGAAGUACGUCCGCCCGCCGCUGCCUGGUGCCACAACUGAGAGGCUUCCACACAGAAUCGCUGCCACUUUUAACGCACGGAUUUUCCUCCCCACCACCAACAAAAAUCGUCUUUCUUUUCUGCAUUUGGAUUAUUAUUUUUCUUUCCCUCCAGGAGAUGAUGGCAAGUUGUUCCCUGCCAGUCGCGGGGCUCUGCUGCUGAAGCUCGCAGGAUGCUGGGGACCCGACAGCGACCACAGCUCUUACUUUGAGACAAUUCUCGCUUAUUUAUUUUUUUAUUUUUUGGACGUAAAAACCUCCUCCACCCCUCCUCCUCCCCUCCUGGACGUUUCACCCUCUUCCUCUCCUCCGUUGGUCUUUAAUUUCUUUUUUAUUUUUAACAGCAUGUCUGUGUUGUACGAGCUGAGGAUGCGUUGUGGAUUGCUAUUGUUCCUUUUCGUCCAAGUCGUCUCGGUUGCCUCGUUGACUCAGACCGAUAAAUGUGGAGGGAGUAUAGAGAUCCACACCGCGGACUACCUGACCUCCCCGGGCUAUCCCGGCGCCUACCCGCCCUCCCAGCAGUGCGUGUGGGUGAUCACGGCCCCGGAGCCCGGACAGAAGAUCCUCAUCAACUUCAACCCGCAUUUUGAUCUGGAGGACAGAGACUGCAAGUACGACUACGUGGAGGUUUACAACGGCGGCGACGAGCUCUCGCCCAUGCUGGGAAAGUUCUGCGGGAAGAUCGCACCGUCUCCGAUCAUCUCCAGCGGCAGCCAGCUCCUCAUCAAGUUCGUCUCCGACUACGAGACGCACGGGGCCGGAUUCUCCGUUCGCUACGAGGUCUUCAAGACAGGUCCCGAAUGUUCCAGGAACUUUACGGCUCCCAGAGGCGUCAUCAAGACGCCGGGCUUCCCCGACAAGUACCCCAACAACCUGGACUGCACCUUCAUGAUCUUCGCCCCCAAGAUGUCCGAGAUCGUGGUGGAGUUCGACAGCUUCGACAUGGAGCCCGACACCACGCCGCCGCCGGGCGCCCUCUGCCGAUACGACUGGCUGGAGAUCUGGGACGGCUUCCCUGCAGUGGGACCCCACAUUGGCCGCUACUGUGGCCAGACGUCCCCGGGCCGUGUGAUCUCCUACACCGGCAUCCUGUCCAUGACCAUCACCACCGACAACGCCAUCGCCAAAGAGGGCUUCUCCGCCAACUACACCAUCCGAGAGAGGAGCCUCCCCCCGGGCCACGAGGACGAGGCGUUUGCCUGCGUGGAGCCGCUGGGCAUGGAGUCGGGAGAGAUUUCCUCGGAGCAGAUCACCGCCUCCUCCCAGUACAACUCCAACUGGUCGCCCGAGCGCUCGCGUCUCAACUACCAGGAGAACGGCUGGACGCCCUCGGACGACACCGUCAGGGAGUGGAUUCAGGUGGAUCUGGGUUUUCUCCGGUUCGUCUCAGCCGUCGGGACGCAGGGAGCGAUCUCCAAAGAGACCAAGAAGCAUUACUACGUCCGCUCGUACAAGGUGGACGUGAGCUCCACGGGCGAGGACUGGGUGGCCGUGAAGGAGGGCUCGAAGCCGAAGAUCUUCCAGGGGAACCACAACCCGACAGACGAGGUCCGCUCCUUCCUCCCCAAACAGACUCUGGCCCGUUACAUCCGGAUCAAGCCCACCUCCUGGGAGCAAGGCAUCUGCAUGCGCUUCGAGAUCUACGGCUGCAGGACGUCAGACUAUCCGUGUUCGGGGAUGCUGGGGAUGGUGUCCGGUCAGAUCUCGGACGCUCAGAUCAGCGCCUCGUCGUACGCCGACCGGGGCUGGGUGGCUGAAAACGCCCGUUUGUUGACGGGGAGGUCGGGCUGGACCGGGCAGCAAACCAAGCAGCCCUUCAGGAACGAGUGGCUGCAGGUGGAUCUGGGCCAGGACAAGAUGGUGAGCGGCGUGGUGAUCCAGGGAGGGAAACACCGCGACAGGAACGUCUACAUGAAGAAGUUCAGGGUGGGUCACAGCCUGGACGGGGAGGACUGGACCAUCGUCAAGGAGAACGACACCACCAAGCCCAAGAUAUUCCAGGGUAAUCAGAACCACGACACCCCCGAGCUGAGGCCCGUGGGUCCCCUCCUGACCCGCUUCGUCAGGAUCUACCCGGAGAGAGCCACCACCGAGGGUCUGGGCCUCCGACUGGAGCUGCUGGGCUGCGAGCUGGACGACAUUACAACUACAGCACCUCCCACCACGCCCAUCGCCUCCACGCUUCCCAUGACCACAUUCGGAGCGACCACCACGGCGCCGAUUACCGUCCCCGGCUCGACGCCGACUUCGGACUGCGAGGAAGGUCAACAGGACUGCGGUGGCGAGACCGACACCCCCGAUGACUACGACGUAGCUACAGCAGGAGGCACCACAGCGGUCGACCCCAUCAUGGACUUAAUGCCAGCGUACGUCUGGUUCGCCUGCAACUUCGACUUCUCGUCUUUCUGCGGCUGGACCGGAGAGUCCAGGACGGACGCCGAGUGGCUCAUCCAGACCAACGGGGCUCCCUCGGUCCACAGAGGCCCGACCCUCGACCACACAGCAGGAGGACCCGGGAACUUCAUCUACAUGCAGCUGAGCGACGACGACACGCCGAGUAAAACCGGCGAGGACGAUGGCGACGAGGAGCAGGUGGCGACGCUGGUCAGCCCGCUCAUCACCACGCCGGACGCCGACCUGUGCAUGUCCUUCUGGUACCACAUGUUCGGGGAGCACGCCGGGGCGCUCCACAUCAAGCAGAGGAAGGAGGCGGAGGCGGGACAGAUCCUGUGGACCGUCAGCGGACACCAGGGCAGCCGGUGGAGGGAGGGACGGGUCCUGCUGCCACACUCGAGUGUCUCAUAUCAGGUGGUCGUGGAGGGCGUCGCCGACAGACGCAGCGCGGGUCACAUAGCUGUGGACAACAUCCAGAUCAUGGAUGGACUCCGUGCCGAGGACUGUAAGGAUCCAGAAGCUCCUACGUCUCCUCCAACCGAGAUCAUCAUCCUACCGAUGGACUCCCUCUCGCAGGACAACAGCGAGCUCGGCGGCCCCGGCAACAUGCUGAAGACCCUGGACCCCAUCCUCAUCACCAUCAUCGCCAUGUCCGCGCUGGGCGUCUUCCUGGGCGCCAUCUGCGGCGUGGUCCUGUACUGUGCCUGCUCGCAGGGCAGCAUGACGGACAGGAACUUAUCCGCCCUGGAGAACUAUAACUUUGAGCUGGUGGACGGCGUGAAGCUAAAGAAGGACAAGAUGAACGGACAGACUAACUACUCAGAGGCGUGAGGGGGAACGAGCAGACGGGGCCGCGAACGCUCCGCAAAAGGGACACGUGAUUGCAGCCAAUCAAGCGGGAGGAACACAGGGCUGAGGCCACCAAUGGGACGGCAGGGUGGGCUGAAAGUGAGCCAAUGUAAUUUUUUUUCUCAGGAGCGGCAGUGGAAGGGACUGACCUGCAGGGGGCACUGUGUAUAAAGAAUCUGUACAGCAAAAAAAAAAAAAAAGAAGAAGAAGAAAACUAAGGAUUCUAUUUGUUUUUCGGCGUGCUUUGUUGAUUUCACGUAAUCACAUGCUGGUGUUGAGACCAAUUCAGAUGAAAGUAUUGUUUGUGUACUUUUAUGGAAAGAUAAGAUUUGAUUUGAUUUUUUUUUUUUGUUUUUAUUGUGUGUUUGUUUUGUUUUCAGAUGUCAUAUUUUCAAAGAGAGAGUGGAGUUUGUGAAAAUCGCUAUUCUGAUAUCUGGCUCUAAAGCUAGCCCAUAUGUCCCUGUGUAUGCGUGUGUGUGUGUGUGUGUGUGUGUGUGUGUGUGUGUGAGAGAGAGAAAGUGUGCGUGUACAUGUGUCACAAUCAUAUACAUCUGCAUUUCAGGUGUGUAUGUGUCUCGCCGUGUGGUUGUACACUCGUGUUUAUCUCUAUACAUGAAGCAUCUUUCUGUCAGUGUGUGUGUGUGUGUGUGUGUGUGUGUGUGUGUGUGUGUGAAGGCAGGUACCAUGGUGACCUGUGUCUAGUUCCGACAGUGCCUUUUUUUUUUUCCUCCAGUUUUUCUGUUGCCUUGUUCUUUUUUCUCAUCGGCUGGCGUUCCGUCCAGGGUUCCUACACAAACGUGCGGGAAAAAAUCCUGAAACAUUUACAGCGUACUUUUUUCCAGAUUGUGGCUAAAAAAACUACACAUUUGUGUUGUUGUAGUGUGCUGUCAGAUGAACACGUGCGGUUGGUGUAGAUCUGAAGAUCUUCUUGCCUUGAUGACAGUCGUUUUUUAAAAGGUUUUGGAAAAGAGAACAAGAGUUUCAGAAUGGAAAAAGAUGUGUAGGAGCCCUGAAUGCCUCGUUUUCAUGGCACAUGACACAUCCAACAUAUUGUACAUAGGUUUUAAUAUAUUUGAGCGCCCUUUUCUAUAGAAAAAGACACACACCAGUGCCGCAGUAUCCUUUCUGUGUCGAAAUCAAACUCCACAGUUCAGACAAUGUACAGAGUUUCAUCAGAUGGCGGCACCGAGCUGCUGUUGGUGUUUCUGGUUGCCAUUUUGUCCGUUUCGUCGUCGUUUGCUUUUCUGUUUUCGUGCUCUGGGAACGUGAAAGGUUUUAACAACGAUGGAAAAUCGGCUUUUGAGAGCCUCAUGGGAUGUGAUGGGUUUUUUUGUAUAGGGUAACACGGACAAAACCUCAGCACCCGCUAACAUGACGACGGCAUGUCGAGGACGGAUCGUCAGGAUUUGGACGUUUUUAUAUCACUGCUGACAUUUCUCUCACUGGUGCACAAAAAAAGACUGUGAAACCUUGAAACACAGAAGUGUGUCCAGCCCGUCCGUCAGAGAGACUUUGAGCGCUUCUCCCUCGUGGAGGCUCUGAAUGCUGACUGUCUUCACUGAAGAAGAAGCAGGUUUCAAUGUUUGCCAAGACAAUGCUGUACUCCGUGUCGGUGUUUAUUUCCUGUGUUGACUAUCAGCCGAUCAUACCGUCCAAAAUCUUACUUCACAUGUCCAUUUCCGUUUGAGCUACAGCAGCCCGGACAUAAAACACACACACACACACACACACACACACACACACACACACACACACAGUUCAGACUCAAUCUCAUAACAAAGAUGAGUUUACAAGCUAAUCAGGGCAGAGACCCGACAGACCUGCCUCGCUAUGUCACAUGGCUCAUUAAUGUUAUUGUAAAAGAUGGAGGGGACAAGUUCAUUUGUUCCGUUUGAGUGUGUCUGCUUUAUGUUUUGUGUCUGUGGGACUCUGCAGCAGCUCAGUUGGCAUUUUCUCCACUGUCAUCAUUACAGAAGCAUCUUACUUCCUGUCACCUGCAGGGAUCAGCGCCCUCUCUGAAGUCCAUUGGUUCCUUAUAAAAAAAAAAAAAAAAUAUUUGGGUAUUUUUCAGUGCAGAGUUAGCUAAAAACUGAAAAUGACGAGCCUUAUAAAUACUGUACUAAUAUUAACUGCUUUGUUGUGUUUAAGCUUUUGUAGCUCAGUGUGUUGUGAUACUGGUCACUUGCUCAUAGCGCUGUACAGUUCAGGAGGGAGGAGGAUUUUAGUUUUGACGGUCUUGAAAUUACAGACAGAGAUUUAAAAGCCAUUAAGCAGGUUUGGUACCGGUCGACCCGUCACGAGAACGAAUGGUUGUGAUUUACGUCUCUGCAAACUACGGAUGUGUUGAAGCUUUACAUUUCUUUAUUCUAUAUUUUGCAACAACGCUCGUUCAAUUAGGUUUGGGCACAGAAUAACGCGCCUUAUUAUGGUGGCCCUGAAGGUCUAAACACAACAACAAGACAGAAAACACAAAAAUAUGAUAGAAAAAACACAACAUGACAGAAAAAAACAUUUAUUUUAAUGACAGAAAACUGAAAACAUUUCACAAAACACAACAAGUGUUUCCUGGAAAUGUUGUUGCAUUUUCUGUAUUGGUCUUGUGUUUUGACCUCCUGGGCCACCAUACUUAAAUGUUGAAACACUCGCUUAAACCUCCUGAAAUGAAGAAACAUAUUUGUGGUUUGCAGAAAUGUUACAUGUCAACAUUUGUAUUCUGGUGACUGCGCAGGACUGCCGUAUAUCCGCGGGCCCCCGUCGCAGUUCCUGUUGCGCUGCGGCGUGGAGGUUAAAUCCGCCCCUUUUUUAAAUGUAGCAUCGUGUGACAUCGUGUGAGCUCAGUGAGAAUGUUCGUCAGUAGUCGAAACCGCGUCAGUUCUUUAAUUUAACGCGAGAUCCUCCUCUUCAGAUCAGCUCAAAUCAAGAGAGACCAUCUUCAAAUCAAAUCGAGGUGCUCUGUUGAGAUUAUCAGCUCUUGUAAAAUCACACAGCUUCAACUGUCUUCGUUUGUUUCUCUCAACAGCAUGUGUUUACAAGGAAGGACAAGCAGAGAGGAUUAUGGGUAUCGACAAUGUAAUUUCAGUCUUGACAGAAUGUGUUUUUAAUGUUUUUUUCAGCCAGAUGUCCAUAAAUCUCCGUCCCGCCCCACCCCCCUGCCCUUUUUUUUCAGACAAGAAAGGAUGCUGCGGCACUCGAUGUGAAAACAAAUGUUGCACUGAUAUAUUUAAAAAAAAAAAAAUCUGUGUUUAUGAUGUUGAUUUAUGAAAAGAGAGAGAGAGCGAAGGAAGGAGAGGACAGUGUUAACCGUGGCUUCUUUUUUUUUAACGCGCUUUCGGACGACAAUGUUUUAAUUCUGAAAAGUACAAAUUUACAGAGAUGUUUUUCAUUCUGGAAAAAGCUUAUAUGCGUCUCUUUCGAAGCGUAACAGUUUUAUUUACUUGGUAUAAUAUCACCUUGUGUUUUUUGUCACUAAUGUGCGUGCCAUUCGUUUUUGUUAUUUGUUUUUUGUUUUUGUUUUUUCUUUGUAUGACAAGAAAAAAAAAUGUUUUAUUUUCAAUACUGCUUCUGUAAUUUCUUUUUUUUUUUUCCUGUCUCAGAUCCAGAAAAAAAAAAAAUCUAGGAAGGACAUAAGGAAGUAAAAAAAAAAAAAAAAAGAAAGAAAUGGAAAAGCAGUGAGGCCUUAAGUGACUAAAAGUAUUGUUUGUACUUUGACUUUCUGGUCAGCACCCAGACUCAUCCGUCUCUGUUGUCUCAGACUCUGAUCAUUGACUAUUACAUUCCAAAGAAUUGGAUCAAAUAAAUGUUUUAAGUAAAAAAAAAAAGAAAAAAAAAA